AGUUUAGUGCUUGAAGGGAACAUGUCUGGUCGUGGAAAAGGAGGUAAAGGCUUGGGGAAAGGUGGCGCCAAAAGGCAUCGCAAAGUGCUUCGCGAUAAUAUCCAAGGUAUUACCAAACCAGCUAUUCGCCGUUUGGCUCGCCGUGGAGGAGUAAAGCGCAUAUCAGGCUUGAUCUAUGAAGAGACUCGGGGCGUGUUGAAGGUUUUCCUGGAAAACGUUAUUCGUGAUGCUGUGACUUACACCGAGCACGCCAAGCGCAAGACUGUGACUGCCAUGGAUGUCGUUUACGCCUUGAAGCGCCAAGGACGCACUUUGUACGGCUUCGGAGGCUAAUCCGUUUUCCCCCGACAUACAACCAAAAGGCCCUUUUCAGGGCCACCUACAUCGACAAGGAAA